GCAGGUCUACGCCCCGCUCUCCACCCAUUCCCCGUUUUCCCUCCCUCACGUCUCUUCGGUUUUUGCUCUUAACCUGCUGGAAAGGAAGGGAGCAGAGCAGCCGGCCGGGAGUCACACCGGCAUCAAGCGAGCCUUUCGAUGCCCAAGCACCCGCGCCAUUCCUCGACAGUUUCCCCAACACUCCGGAGAUCAGAGAAGAGAGACCUUGGCACAGAUAGGCUUUCGUUCUUCACCUUCCUUUCUUCUUUCUAGUUCCUCUGCUGCGAACUUGGUUUUGGUUGCCAGAACAGGCGGAGGACAGGCGGACAAAAGGCUUUUGUCAACAGCUGCUUUGCAGGCGGCAGCAGCAGCAGCAUCCAAGAAAGUUAAACGGGGCGACGAGGCGGAUGGAGAGUUUCUCUGGAGAAGCAGGGCGCCGCUUCUGCCGCCUUCGUCCUGUGAUUUCGGCCGAGGGAUGGCCCUGUUCUCCCUAACAUGCGGCCGCGCUCCCCUUCCGGCUCCGCUGCUUACUACCUGCGUCUCGGUGGGGGUGGUAGUUCAUCCCCCUGUCGCUUUCGCCACGGUCUCUACAGGGUUAGCGACUCCGUGACGAGCUUCUGCUCCUGGACUAUGCACGACCUCCGAGGAGAACAAAACUACAUUAUGUGGAUCUCACUCCUGGCUUUCCUAACGGUCGGGCUCGUCUCGCUGCACAAAUGCCAGCGGCAUCCCGGCCCGGUCCUGGGAAUGAGUCGCCUUCUCGCGGUGAUUGUGCCAGGCUCGGGACAGCGCCCAGACAACAGAUGUGUCGUAUCAAAUGCAGCAACAUGUACUGCCUGUCUUGCGGUGGGUCCUGAAUGUGGUUGGUGUGUUCAAGAGGAUUUCAUGGCAGGAACAAAGCUGAAAGAAAGAUGUGACAUAGUUUCACAUUUAAUCCAAAGAGGCUGCAAGCCAGAUUUCCUAGAAAGUCCUAAGGUUGAUGUAACAGUGUCCAGCAAUGAGGCUAACAUUCAAGUUAUACCAGGAGAAGCUUCAGUGCACCUGCGUCCAGGCUCUGAAGCAAGUUUUAUGCUGAAAGUCCGCCCACUGGAAAAAUAUCCUGUUGAUCUUUAUUAUUUAGUUGAUGUAUCUGCAUCUAUGCACAGACAUAUAGAACGAUUAAACUCUGUUGGAUUUGAAUUAUCUCAGAAGAUGGAAAAUAUCUCAAUUGAUUUGCAACUUGGAUUUGGAUCCUAUGUAGAUAAAACAGUAUCACCCUAUAUUAGUAUUCAUCCAAAAAGAAUCCAUAAUCAGUGCAGGUAAGUAUUGUUAAAAAAAUAGAUAUACAUAAUUCAAUGGGGCAUUCAUGGGUGCACACUUAUAC